GUUUGGUGCCGACAUAUUCGAUCCACCAAAAGUAGACGUGCCGUCUGACACGCUUGACGAAGCCAUGCACUAUCUGAAACUCUUUAGCUUCUCUGUAAAACGAUGGGACAACCUAGCUUCGGAGUGGAGGCAAAAAGAAGAUUUUUCAUUGGAGCAGUUAUCGUUAGUUGCGCUGGAAGUUCCAGCAAAUGGUAACGUGGAAUUUCUUGUCAGGCUUGGAGAUUUCGUAAUCUGCAUCGCCGAGGCAAAGAAAUCAGAUUUUGACCAAGAGCGCGCUCAGAAUUACGUUGAGUGCGAAGUGGUUUACGAGUUGAACGGUGGUAGGCAACCCGUCGUGUAUGGUAUUGUAUCAAAUUUUAUAGACUGGAUAUUCGUUCGUUUGACGGACGAAGCCGUGAAAGAAGCACAAUAUGCCGUUAGCUUUGACAAGGAAGGCUAUCCUGACCGUGCGGACGUGGAGAAAUUUGCAGUGUCGUCAUGGGGAUUUUUCUUGAAACGAAGAAGCUAG